GUCCUGGCGACGUGUAAACCAAUUUAUUGAUCUCAGUAUGUCGAAGAGGAGUGUGCGCUCUCAGCUCAGAAAGCCAGCCGCAUCCUGGGCUGCCUCCAAAUCAGCGUGGGCAGCAGAGCGAGAGGGGGGAUUGUGCCCCUUUGCUCCCCUCUGGUGGGACUCCACCUGGAGUGCUGCAUCCGGCUCUGGCAUCCACUACAGGAAGGACGUGGACGUGUUGGAGCAAGUCCAGGAAAGGGCCGUGAAGUUUACAAGGGGACUGAAGAACUUCCCCCACAAAGGCUAAGAAAGUCGUAGCUGUUCAGUCGUAGAGAAUAGCAGAUACAAAUUGAAAGAGGAGAAAUGUAGCUUAGUUAUUGGGAAGAAAUUAUUUACUGUGGGGAUGGUGAGCUGCUGGAACAGGUUGCCCAGGGAGGUUGUGGAUGCCCCCUGGCACUGUUCAAAGCCAGGCUGGACAAGGUCAUGAGCAACCCAGUCCAGUGGGAUGUGUCCCUGCCCUUGGCAGGAGGAUGUUUCGACUAGAUGAUCCUGAAGGUCCCUUCCAACCCUUAACAUUCUAUGAUUUUAUGGUUCUAUGAAGAGCUUUAAGUGUGCUUUAUCACACACAGCCUGCAGCUUGAUUCUCUAAAUGCUUAUUUGUUUCCAUGUAUACCUGAGGAGUUCAUUUUCCAUGAGGUGUGACUCUUGUCUUCAGGACCAUUCUUGUUUACCUGUUGUGCCUUCAGGAAUCUUGUUAAGCCUUCCAGACAGGGAAUCUAGUUCUAUGCCACCAGCUGCACCCUGAGCUGGGACAGCAGCUGCCUUUGGGUGAGUGCUGCUCUCUGGGCUUCAGUGAGGGCUGAUGACAUUUUGCUAGUUGGAAAGAGUGAUCCAUGAGAGGAGGUCCUUGCACUCACUUAAGCUGGCUUUUUUGAUAGCUUUCCCUUGCAAGGGAUAGAAUGGAAGAGAUUAACACCUGACAAACAAACACCAUACUAUUAUUUUUUGGUUAUUAACAGCAACCCUGCACCUCUCUGCCUGUAAGUGGGGAAGGUUCAUUGUGGGGCCAGCACAAGAUGCCAGCGGUUUGAGCACCUAUCUGUGAUGGACAUGGAAACAAUCCCUUGCAGAGGAACCAACAGCUCCCUCCCAGUCAGACUUGGACAAAAAAUUUCAGCAAAAAGUUGUUUUCAAGGGAGAAAUCCCCUGAAGCCCAUAGGUUCUACCACAGACCAUUCCUUUUGGCAUCAGAAAGGCUUGACACUUGGAUACCAAGCUGACUUUUCCUCAGAGACUGUUAAAACAGAACUGUUGCAUUCCGUUUGGCUGAUCCACAAAGCCAUGGAUGUAAAAUGGUGCUGUGUUGACAUUUUAGAGAAGUCUCUCUCAGAGCUCCAGGAAAGUCUGUUCUCUGGGAUUCUGACAAGAACAUGGUCUCCAGAGCAUUUCCAGGCAGGUCCUUCUCAGAGAUUGUGGUAGGGGCUAAAGAGAACCCCCCCCUCCUGUUUUCUGCAACUUAUCCUGAGGCAUGGGCAAGUGCUACAUGUAGCACACUGGCAACACCAGGCCUGAACUUGGGUGACAGAAGCAAAGUAAAACUAUUGCUAAAGGCUCCAUCACCCACAGGUUUCUCUUCCACGUCUAACAAAGCAGCUAACAAGAUUUUUUUAAGGUACUUCUGAAGAACUGCAGUUGCCUGCAGGGAAUCUUUUCUGCUCACCACAGCUGCUCUGGUGCCUCCUGCCAGAGAAAGAAAAUCCAUCAGAAUUAUCUGCACCCUGUGAAGGAGCCCAAUACACCUCCGUUCCUAAAACAUCUGAGGACUCCUGCAGGGAGAGCAGCUGGGAGCUGUGUUUUCCUAAUCACAGUAGUCAACUGAAUCAACAUGUUCUGGCAGUAUUUGCAGGUCAGAUGCCAGGCUAUACUGGUGAAACUCCCUUGUCUGAUCUGCAAUCCUCCCAGUCCUCUUCUUCCAGGGGCAGCACAGAUGCCAAGAUUACCUCAGAUUACCUCCAACACAGUUUGCCAGGUUUAAAAAUCUGAUUCAUAGCUAAACCCAUAUGCUUAGGUUUCUAUGAGCAUGGUUCCAGAGAUGAUCAGGCAGAGCUAUGAUAAAAACCUUGGUCAAAGUGACCAAGGUCAAGGUUCCCCUUUUUCCUUUGACUUUCUGUUCCUCCAAGGGCUGGGAAGUGUCCAAAGGCAGUUUUUCUAUGUAGCAUUUUACCAGUGAGGUUUCCCACAGCUGGCACUCCCAUCCAAAGUGCACUGGGGAUUUUACCACAGCCUUCUCCCAUCUCCCUGCAAAGACUGUGAGAGCUCUUCCUGUACUGAGGCAUUCCUGAGCAGGCACACAGGCAUGGGGAAUGGAGAGCAGCACUGUUCACUGGAGAGCAGCAAUGUUCACUGUGCCCUUUCCAGUAUAUUAAGGCUGACCCUUCCCACCUGUCUGGCCAGCUUAAAAUCCUCCAGUGUUCACUUCAGGAACUGAAGUUUCAGACUGGGGAGAUAAGAGAUGUAAAUCCUGCUACUCCUAAACUGAAUCAUUCCUCUGAGAAAGAGUGCUUAAGGCAUUUAGUCCCAACAGCUCUCCUGGCAGCAUCCCUGCAGAUGUUCUGAGAACAUAGACAUUCCGGGCUCCUUCAAACUCAUCAGGGAGCUGAUAACUUCCUGCUGCAUUUUCUUUCUUUGUGAAGAGGUACCUGCACAAUGCACAGGAAAUUUGGUUUUAUGUUUUGAGGGCUUGUGUGUGUAUGUGUCUGCAUGAGUUGUGAACGUAUAUAUGUGCUUUUCUGUUCAGUUGCCUCCAGCUAAUUUAGUACUUAAUUGAAUCAUAAACUUGGCUUCCAAGAGCAUCCCUGGAAAUGCCAAGAUGGCUUUGUCACACAGCCAUCUCAUACCACAUGGCAGGAACAAGACUUUUGCUGUAGCAUAUGGAACUUGAAGCCUAGAAAAUCGUCUGGAGUUAUCUGGAUAUUUUUGUAAUAACUAACUACUAUUGCAAUUAACUAAUUCUUGGUGAGGCCUUCCAGGGUUUAUGACAGCCUUUGCUUCUUGGAUGACUUCACAUUGCCACAUGGUGGCAGCUGAUCUUUGGACAGUUAGACUUGGCUGAAUAGUCUCAAGACUCAUGUUAUAUCUAAUCCAGUCUAACAAGGACUUCUAUACUGCUCUUCUUCCUUGCCACUGCUUUCCUGUUACUGCUGUUUCCCAUGUGUGAGGUCCAACACCACGGAGGGUGAAAGGAGGAUAAUUCAUCCAGCUGACUGCCUGGGAAGCAUCUCCUUUUUUGAUUCAGUUUGUUUUCUUGUGCACAGGUACUACAGCCUGCGAAUCAGAGGAACGGUUAUUUCACAAACUCUUCUCCCAGUACAACCAGUUCAUUAGACCGGUGGAAAAUGUGUCUGAUCCUGUCACGGUGUAUUUUGAACUGGCCAUUACCCAGCUUACAAAUGUGGAUGAAGUCAAUCAAAUUAUGGAAACAAAUUUGUGGCUAAGACACAUUUGGAAUGACUACAAACUGCGAUGGGAUCCCAGACAAUAUGAUGGCAUUGAAUUUGUUCGGGUACCAGCAGAUAAAAUUUGGAAACCAGAUAUUGUCUUGUAUAAUAAUGCUGUGGGAGAUUUUCAAGUUGAAAGCAAGACCAAAGCCCUCCUUCGCUAUGAUGGAAUGAUCACAUGGACCCCACCAGCUAUUUUUAAAAGCUCCUGUCCUAUGGAUAUUACUUUUUUCCCAUUUGAUCACCAGAACUGUUCACUCAAAUUUGGCUCAUGGACCUAUGACAAAGCCAAAAUUGAUCUUCUGAUCAUUGGAUCCAAAGUAGAUAUGAAUGACUUCUGGGAAAAUAGUGAAUGGGAAAUAGUUGAUGCUUCUGGCUACAAACAUGAUAUCAAAUAUAACUGCUGUGAAGAGAUCUACACAGACAUAACAUAUUCUUUUUAUAUCCGAAGGUUGCCAAUGUUCUACACCAUAAAUCUGAUCAUUCCCUGUCUUUUCAUCUCAUUCCUGACUGUGUUAGUUUUUUACCUGCCAUCUGACUGUGGUGAGAAAGUUAAUCUUUGCAUCUCAGUGCUUCUUUCUUUGACUGUGUUUUUACUGGUGAUCACAGAAACAAUCCCAUCCACCUCUUUAGUAAUUCCCCUAGUUGGUGAAUAUUUACUCUUCACAAUGAUAUUUGUGACUCUGUCAAUUGUCAUCACAGUGUUUGUCCUCAAUAUACAUUACAGGACUCCAAUGACACACACAAUGCCCAAAUGGGUAAAAACUGUCUUUCUUAGCCUGCUCCCCAGAGUCCUGUUGAUGCAGAGGCCACUAGAACAGCAGAAAAAAAACACCUCCAGGAAAAACAAGAAAGUAUCAGACAGUAAGUUAGGCAAGUCAAAGCACAGCAAGCAGAAAGAUACCAAACUGCACAAGGAGCAGCGGUGCAGUCACUGUGAUCAGGCAACUGAGCUCCCCACCACCAAAAGACAGCUGAGCCAUCAGUCACUGAGGUGGAUGGCAGAGCACAUGGAGUACUCCCCAGAGGUGAAGGAUGUCAUUAGCAACGUCCAGUUCAUCGCAGAGAACAUGAGAUCUCAAAACGAAACCAAAGAGGUGGAAGAUGAUUGGAAAUACAUAGCUAUGGUGAUAGACAGAGUAUUUCUCUGGGUAUUUAUAAUCCUGUGUGUGUUUGGGACUGUGGGGCUCUUUAUCCAGCCACUAAUAGCAGAAACAUAAAUCCACUGCUUUUUAUCCACUUUUGCUCUUGUUUCAUUUCCGGUUCAGAAAUUUACCUUCUCUUUCUCUCCUCUAACAUAAUGCCUCUGCUCACCACCUCAUCAGCACCCAGCCAGAGAGGCUCCCAGAACAAUAAAGUAUGUGUUUACAUUCAUGUUUGAAAUCAGACAGAUCUUAAGCAUUUAAUCAUAUUUGAUGACAAAUGGACUUAAUGUUAGAAUGUAGUUACCAUGUGAGUCAUACACAUUUGAAAACUUUGUGCUUCUAAAAUCUCUUAAAAUUAGUUUGAUCUGCCACUUACUUUUCCAUGUGACCAAAGUCGCCUUUACUUCCUGAUAGUGAGUACCAAGACCUUGAUGAGCUUCAGUAGGAUUUCCAAGCCACAUAUGUCAUCAGAUGAACAGCAGCCCUAGUCCACAGAUUCUGCUCUGAAAACUCUUGCUUGCUCAGGCUCAGACAUAAACCCAACAGGGAAGAAUUUGUCCCUGCCUAGCUACUUGUCAUAGACAGAAUUGGUUUGACAGCACUGGAUUGAUCUGAGGUUUAGUGUUUUUAAAACCCAUGACCAACCUAAAUUAUGCAUAUCCCAGCAGGAGAAGGAUGGAUACCGUGAAUCCUUUGCAAAGCUGAGCACCCUGUUUCAAACAGAUGUGCAGUGGUGUUCUGUUUUCUGACUGCUCAUUGGUCUGUGCUGUGUGUGCAAACCUGAAAUUUAUGGCCAUGUCCUGUGGGGCUGAGGUUGCUGCUCUGUAACCAGGUCUCAAUCCUAGUGUGCUUCCUCUUGAAACACUUAGUAGAUGUGUUCCUGAUGUGGUUUCUAUAAAAUGUCGGUGGUUUACCCUUAAGUCCCUCAUUUGUUUAGAUUCCUGUAAGUUUUGUGGUGAAUGGUUCUUCUUUAAAAGGCACCACUAUAAUUAAACCAAAUGGCUCCAAGAAUACAAAGCCCUUCUCUGUUACAAGAGCCUCUAAAUUUAACUGUACAGUGUCAGUGCAGUGCUUUCAGUGUCUGCCAUGCAUCGGUCUAUGCUCUGAACAUCACCAAUCCUUGGAAAGUAAGACUCCCGGUUUCUGAAGUCACUGACUGGCCUUUUACUCUUUUGUGAUGUUUCAUAAUAAAGAGAAUAGGAAUGAAUUAGUGUAUAUAUUAGUGAUAAAGGCAGAAUGACAAGAAUAUAAUUGUCUUAAUUCACCUAGUCAUUAUUGUAGAACAACAAGUAGAAGAAAACUAUUAUUUUCUGUAAUCCUCUGAAUGUUGUUCAAUGAUGUAGCAACUGACAGAUGUAUGAAAAAGCAUGGUUUAUUAUGUCAGUCUGUCAAUUAAAUGUCACUCCUGAGAUACACCUUCUUGAAGAAUUUGUGGUUUGGGGUUUUUUUUUAGAUUUUCCUGUUGUAAAUGUGUUUAUAGAUGCUACUACUGGGUCUUUAAUCAGAAAGAAGGUGAGGG